AAUGCUUUUAAAUAAAGGACUUUAUAAACAUUAAUAUUGUCUAUCCCUUCAUUCAAAUCCAGAUCCUGUAAAGAUCACAUUUCAUUUUUAAGAAUCACAACCUAUUUGUCCACUUAUUAAGAUGCCUACAUAAAAAGUUGAGUGGUUAUAAGCUAAAUUUCCAUCAAUCAAAAGUAGGUAUUAAAAUACAGAAUCUUAAACAGAAAGACCUAAAAUUAAUUAAAAAAAAUGUCAUUCAAGAUUACCUUCUUAGGUUAGAUCAACUCCAACAUCACCCUUUACUAUCAUAAUGAGAACUAAUAAUCCAUCAUCUAAUAAUGAAUUUGAUAAUUCAAUUACUAAAACAAUACGUUAUGAAUAGUUCUAAAAUAAAUAAUAUUUAGUAAAUAAAUAUUUAGCUCCAAGAAAAUUAGGAUUACAUAGAGGAAUCAAUCUAGUUAAUUUUGGUAUUGACAAAUGA